AUGCCCCGUAAGGUACAUUCCUCGUCGCCCCUAGAAACAAUGCCAUUCUCCCCCUCCCCUCCCCCCCCUCCCUCCCCUCCCUCCUCCCCCUCCUCUCCCUCCCCCUCUUCCCCCAUCCCUUCUUUCCCCUCUAUUCUCCGUCUCCAGCCUCAUUCCCCGCUCUUCGCGCUCCUCUUCCCUCCUUUACCUCGUCUCUCCUCCCCUCAACCAUCUCCUCUCUCUCUAUGCGCUUGCUUGACUACCUCUCGUCUCUCGCUCUGUAAACUUUCACCCUUCUCCGCCCUUCCCUCCCUUCUUUACCUCAUCGCUCCUCCUUUCAACCAUCUCCUCCCUUCAACCAUCUCCCCUCUCUCUCUCUCUCAAUGCGCUUGCUCGACUGCCUCUCGCCUCUCGCUCUGUCAACUCUCACCCUUCUCCGCCCUUCCCUCCCCGCCCAUUCUACUCUGUGCGUUUAUUCCCGUAGGGAUAUCUCGUCAACCUCCACUCCCUCUGCAGAAGCUCCUACUGAAACAGCUGCAUCCCGUGGUCCGACCUGGCCCAGCAGCAGCGGGACUACCAGGCCCAAGUCUCCUCUCUCCGCAAGGCAUAGGCACAGGAGCAGCAGGAGCUGAGGCGAGCAGCACUGAAGGCGCAGCAGGCACAUCCCUCCCUACCUCCUACAUGACUACCCCCUCACUGUCUCCCACCCAGGACUUGGCCCAGCGUCAACGGGACUACCAAGCCCAGGUGUCAUCCCUUCGCAAGGCAUACGCGCAGGAGCAGCAGGAGCUGCAACGGAAAACGCUGAAGGCGCAGCAGGCACAUCCCUCCCUGCCUCCUUUCCCCUUGCUCCCCCCUCACCUUCUCCCCCCAGGACUUGGCCCAACGCCAGCGGGACUACCAAGCCCAGGUGUCAUCCCUUCGCAAGGCAUACGCGCAGGAACAGCAGGAGCUGCGGCGAGCAGCGAUGAAGGCGCAGCAGAUGCGCAGAGAGGCUGCGGCGAGCGAGAAGGAGUCGCAUGCGGAGGAGAAGCGGGCGGCGAGGGCCGCCCGGGCGGCGCGGGCAAGGGAGGAGCAGGAGAGUCUGCGAGCAGCAAAGGUGGGUCGGAUGAGUGGGGAAAAAAGGAUAUGGGGGAUGGGCCUAGGGAGGAGCAGCAGCAGCGCAGAGAGGCUGCGGCGAGUGAGAAGGAGUCGCAUGCGGAGGAGAAGCGGGCCGCGAGGGCCGCCCGGGCGGCAAGGGCGAGGGAGGAGCAGGAGAGUCUGCGAGCAGCAAAGCAAGAGCUGAAAGUGAUGAAUGCAGCGCGGCUCAAAGAAAGGGAGGAGAAGAUCAAUGCUCGCAAGGAAGCGGCCAAGACGGCUUUGCGGAUGGAGAGCGCAAGAUGGAUCAGGGAGGACGAGUUGGAGUGGAGGAUUAUGGAGGCCAUGUCGAAGCCAUACAUAUUGUGA